UCUGAGCCGGCCUGGCGCGGCGCGGCGGGGGGCUGGCGGCCCCAUGGGGCGCGCCCACACUUGCCCCCCGGGCUCGGGAGUAUGAAGUAGGGGCCUGCCAUGGGCACGGGAUCGGCGCGGGGGGCCCGAGGCACAGCGGCGGCAGGACACGGGGGGGGGUUUCUCUUCGCCUGGAUCUUGGUCUCAUUUGCCUGGCAUCUGGCCUCCACCCAAGGAGCUCCUGAAGAUGUGGAUGUCCUCCAGCGGCUGGGCCUCAGCUGGACGAAGGCCGGGGGUGGCCGGAGCCCCGCACCCCCCGGUGUUAUCCCUUUCCCAUCCGGCUUCAUCUUCACGCAGCGGGCCAGAUUGCAGGCCCCCACGGCCACAAUCCUUCCCACCGCCCUGGGCCGGGAGUUGGCGCUGGUGUUAAGCCUCUGUUCGCACCGCGUGAACCAUGCCUUCCUCUUCGCCAUCCGCAGCAGGAAGCACAGGCUGCAGCUGGGCCUGCAGUUCCUUCCCGGCAGGACACUCGUCCACCUGGGGCCCCGGCAGUCUGUGACCUUCGACCUGGAUGUGCAUGAUGGGCGCUGGCACCACCUGGCCCUAGAGCUGCGUGGCCGCACGGUCACGUUGGUGACCGCCUGUGGGCAGCACAGGGUACCUGUCCCAUUGCCUUCCCGUAGGGACUCCACGCUCGACCCCCAGGGCUCCUUUCUCUUGGGGAAGAUGAACCCUCGUGCUGUCCAGUUCGAAGGUGCACUCUGUCAGUUCAGCAUCCAUCCCGUGGCGCAGGUCGCUCAUAAUUACUGUGCCCACCUGAGGGAGCGGUGUCGACAGGUGGACACAUAUGGUCCCCAGGAGGGAGCCCUCUUCCCCUGGGACUCGGGCCCAGCUUUUGCUUUGCAUCCUGAACCAGCCUUGCUUGGCCUGGGAAACCUGACCAGGGCCCCAGCAACCCUGGGGACCAGGCCUGUAGGCAGGGGACCCAUGGUGACUAUGGCCCCUGCCAUGCCCACCAAGCCCCUGAGGAUUGUCUCCCCAGAUGUCCCCCAACACAGCUCUGCCCACCCACUGGUACCUGCCAAGCAGUCAGCCAGGAAGACUCCUUCCGCGUCGCCUUCAGCCUCUUUGGCUGGCUCCACCAGGAUUUUUCAUCCAGCUGCUGCCCAACCACUACAGAUCACAGCCACUAGUCCCACCACACGUCCGCCCACCGUACGACCCCCCACCAAACCUUCCGCUUCUGCCCUUUCAGUCACCCCUGUGAGAAGCCCCCAUUCAACCCAGAAAACAGCCGCCCCUUCAUUCACAAAGCCUGUUCUACCCACCCAGAAGCCGGUGAACCGCUCCUCCCACCUAGCACCUUCCAGAGCCUCUAGUCCCACAGUCAGGCCUGUCCAGAAGACCCUCGUGACACCCCGACCUCUAGCACCCAGCCCCCGGCCCCUGCACCCCACUGCUGGCUUAUCGAAGAAACCCACUAUUCCCACAGUAGCAGAGGCUAAAUCCAAGACGACCAGUCGGGCCAGCAAGCCACUCUUGGCUCGCACCAGUGCCCCUAGAACUCUUCAGCAAACUGUUGUGUCCUCGUCCCCUGUUCCCUACCUGGGCUCUACGAGAGCCUCUCGGACACUGGCUACGGCCCCUCCGCUGGGCACUGGAAAUCCUAGAAUGGCUCCUCCCACGCGUGACUCUGCUCCAGCUCCUGCUGGAAGCAAGAAAUUCACAGGACUGGAAGCCUCCAAGAAAACCAGACGCAAGAGCAGCCCCCGGAAGCCCAUGCCGCCCAGCCCUGAGAAGACAGCAAGGGACACCCCACCGAGAGACCUGACCACCCAGUCCAGCCAGCUGUCCUCCCCAGCCCUGGUCCUUGCCCCAGCUCACCUCCUGUCCUCCAGCCCCCGGCCCACCAGCAACAGCUUCCCAUUCUUCCACCUGCCUGGCCCCACGCCUUUCCCGAUGCUGAUGGGACCUCCAGGCUCCAAGGGAGACUGUGGCUUGCCGGGUCCCCCUGGGCUGCCGGGAUUACCUGGAUCUCCGGGUGCACGAGGUCCUCGGGGUCCUCCUGGGCCAUACGGGAACCCAGGCCCGCCUGGCCCGCCUGGAGCCAAAGGACAGAAAGGGGACCCGGGACUCUCACCAGGACAGGCUCAUGAUGGGGCAAAGGGCAACAUGGGCUUGCCUGGGCUCUCCGGAAAUCCAGGACCCUUGGGACGGAAGGGACACAAGGGCCAUCCUGGUGCAGCAGGGCACCCUGGAGAACAGGUGAGGCCCGUGUCCGGACCUGCGGGCAGUCCAGGGGCCAAAGGUUACCCUGGCAGGCAGGGAUUCCCUGGACCUGUAGGAGAUCCUGGCCCCAAAGGCAGCCGGGGUUACAUUGGACUCCCGGGGCUCUUCGGCCUGCCGGGAUCGGAUGGAGAGCGGGGCCUCCCUGGUGUUCCUGGCAAGAGGGGCGAGAUGGGUAGGCCGGGCUUCCCUGGAGACUUUGGGGAAAGAGGCCCUCCUGGACUUGAUGGGAACCCUGGAGAAAUCGGUCUGCCAGGGCCACCAGGAGUCCCCGGCCUCAUUGGUGACAUGGGAGCAUUGGGUCCACUUGGCUACCCAGGACCCAAAGGCAUGAAGGGACUGAUGGGCGGCGUGGGGGAGCCCGGACUGAAAGGUGAUAAGGGUGAACAAGGGGUCCCAGGUGUGUCGGGAGAUCCCGGCUUCCAAGGAGACAAGGGGAGUCAGGGCUUGCCAGGGUUCCCAGGUGCCCGCGGGAAGCCAGGGCCUCUGGGCAAAGCUGGAGACAAAGGCUCACUUGGGUUUCCUGGACCUCCUGGUCCUGAGGGUUUCCCAGGAGACAUUGGCCCCCCAGGGGACAAUGGUCCUGAAGGCCUCAAGGGUAAGCCUGGAGCCCGAGGCCUGCCUGGACCGCCUGGGCAGCCGGGACCUGAGGGAGAUGAAGGACCCACGGGGCCACCAGGAGUCCCAGGCUUGGAGGGCCAGCCUGGAAGGAAGGGAUUUCCUGGGAGGCCUGGCCUGGAUGGCUCAAAGGGAGAACCAGGGGAUCCUGGACGGCCAGGGCCUGUGGGUGAACAGGGACUUAUGGGAUUCAUUGGUCUGAUCGGGGAGCCUGGAAUCGUGGGGGAGAAGGGAGACCGUGGAGUGAUGGGACCCCCAGGCGCACCUGGACCCAAGGGGUCGAUGGGCCAUCCUGGAACGCCAGGUGGUAUUGGGAGCCCUGGAGAGCCUGGAUCCCGGGGCCCUCCAGGAUCUCGAGGCCCGCCAGGCAUGAGGGGAGCCAAGGGGCGCCGGGGGCCCCGAGGACCUGAUGGACCAGCUGGGGAGCAGGGGUCUAAGGGCCUGAAGGGCCGUUCGGGACCUCGGGGCAGACCUGGCCAGCCGGGACAGCAGGGUGCAGCUGGUGAGCGAGGCCACUCAGGCGCAAGAGGCUUCCUUGGCAUCCCUGGUCCCUCAGGCCCUCCAGGUGCGAAGGGUCUCCCAGGAGAACCGGGCUCUCAGGGACCUCAGGGGCCAGUUGGUCCUCCAGGAGAGAUGGGACCCAAGGGGCCGCCGGGUGCAGUGGGAGAACCUGGCCUUCCCGGGGACUCCGGGAUGAAGGGUGACCUUGGACCUCUGGGCCCCCCUGGGGAGCAGGGCCUCAUUGGGCAGCGGAAGCCAGGCCUUGAGGGAGACCUUGGCCCCUUGGGGCCUGAUGGGCUGAAGGGGGACAAGGGUGACUCAGGACCCGAUGGUGAACGUGGUGAGAAGGGCCAGGAGGGACUGAAAGGAGAGGAUGGGCCCCCUGGGCCCCCAGGCGUCACCGGCGUCCGGGGUCCCGAAGGAAAGCCUGGCAAGCAGGGUGAGAAGGGCCAAAUGGGAGCUAAGGGUGCCAAGGGCUACCAAGGACAGCUGGGGGAGAUGGGCAUCCCCGGAGAGCCUGGGCCUCCUGGCACCCCAGGUCCUAAAGGGUCCCGGGGCACCCUAGGACCAAUGGGUGCUCCAGGACGGAUGGGAGCCCAAGGAGAGCCAGGACUGGCUGGCUAUAAUGGACACAAAGGCAUCACAGGACCUCUCGGGCCUCCUGGUCCCAAGGGCGAGAAGGGCGAGCAGGGAGAGGAUGGCAAGGCCGAGGGGCCCCCUGGGCCGCCUGGAGAUCGGGGUCCUGUGGGCGAUCGAGGAGACCGGGGGGAGCCAGGCGACCCUGGAUACCCUGGUCAAGAGGGAGUUCAAGGCCUCCGUGGAAAGCCGGGCCAGCAGGGCCAGCCCGGGCAUCCAGGACCCCGGGGGCGGCCAGGACCUAAAGGAUCAAAAGGCGAAGAGGGCCCAAAGGGAAAGCCUGGCAAGGCUGGGCCAUCAGGCCGGAGGGGGACUCAGGGGCUGCAGGGGCUGCCAGGGCCCCGGGGCGUGGUAGGGAGACAGGGCCCCGAGGGCCUUGCUGGACCUGACGGGACUCCUGGCAGGGAUGGCCAGCCAGGAUAUCAGGGAGAGCAGGGAGCUGAUGGGGCCCCUGGCCCCAUGGGCCCUGCUGGGAGAAGAGGAAACCCAGGUGUGGCUGGCUUACCUGGAGCACAGGGGCCUCCCGGAUUCAAGGGUGAAAGUGGGUUACCUGGGCAACUGGGUCCCCCUGGAAAGCGAGGAACAGAAGGUGGAACAGGCCUUCCUGGGAACCAGGGAGAGCCAGGAGCCAAAGGCCAGCCGGGUGACUCUGGCGAGAUGGGCUUCCCAGGAGUGACUGGCCUCUUUGGACCCAAGGGCCCCCCUGGAGACAUUGGCUUCAAAGGCAUCCAAGGCCCGCGGGGGCCUCCUGGCUUGAUGGGAAAGGAAGGUAUCAUUGGGCCCCCCGGAAUGCUAGGACCUUCUGGACUCCCGGGUCCCAAAGGUGACCGAGGCAGCCGAGGGGACUGGGGACUGCAAGGCCCAAAGGGUCCUCCUGGUCCAAGGGGUCGGCCAGGUCCACCGGGCCCUCCUUGGCAUCCUGUCCAGUUUCAGCAAGAUGACCUUGGGGCAGCUUUCCAGACAUGGAUGGAUGCUCACGGAGCAGUCAGAUCAGAGGGGUACAGCUAUCCGGACCAGCUGGUGCUGGACCAGGGAGGAGAGAUCUUCAAAACCUUACACUACCUCAGCAACCUCAUCCAGAGCAUUAAGACGCCCUUGGGCACCAAGGAGAAUCCAGCCCGGGUCUGCCGGGACCUCAUGGACUGUGAGCAGAGGAUGGCGGAUGGUACCUACUGGGUAGACCCCAACCUCGGCUGCUCCUCUGACACCAUUGAAGUCUCCUGUAACUUUACACACGGUGGGCAGACGUGUCUGAAACCCAUCACGGCCUCCAAGGUGGAGUUUGCUGUGAGCCGGGUCCAGAUGAAUUUCUUGCACCUGCUCAGCUCUGAGGGGACACAGCACAUCACAAUCCACUGCCUGAACCUGACGGUGUGGCAGGAGGGCCCAGGGCGCCUCUCUGCCAGGCAAGCCGUGCGUUUCCGCGCCUGGAAUGGACAGGUCUUCGAAGCUGGGGGUCAGUUCAGGCCAGAGGUGUCCGUGGAUGGCUGCAAGGUCCGUGAUGGCCGCUGGCACCAGACACUGUUCACCUUCCGGACCCAGGACCCGCAGCAGCUGCCCAUUGUGAGCGUGGACAACCUCCCACCUGUCUCAUCAGGGAAGCAGUACCGCCUCGAAGUCGGACCUGCGUGCUUCCUCUGACCUCCGACCUCUGACCUCCAGGCUCCUCUAGGCCUUGUUGGGGAGGGAAGAGGCUGGGGGCAGCUAGUCCCAGAAGAUGCGGGACCCCGCCUCAGGACCCCGGUGCAGGUCCCAGCUGUUAUCUGCUCAGCGGGAGUUGAGAGAGGGAAGCAGGCCGUCCUGGAGAACUGCCAAUCCCAGCUUAGCCCCAACCAAAGAGCCAGUCAAAGCAAGCAGGGCUUGCUGCCCACUCCAGCCCAUGGCCUGUUGCCCAGCUCUGUAGACACCCCCUCCCUCCCCAAAGAGUCCCUCCCCAUUGAUGCCACCUCAAGGGAAGGGGGUGUAUUGUCGGCUGGUCCCUGCUAGGGAGCUUUUGAUGUGCAAUAUUAGAAAGGAGAUAUGAAAAAAAAUAGAGGAGAAAAGGAAAGAAAGAAAUCUAUCUAUUAUAUAUAUAUAUAUUAUUUAAACAAAAAGAAGGUGUGUUACUAUUUUUUUUCACCUGGGAGAGGUGAGGAAGGACAAGAGAAGCUGGGGGUAUGGAGAGGCUGACCCCCAGGCUGGGGUGCUGUGCGCUACCUCCCACUGUGAAAUCGCUGGUGCUCACAAUUGUCUCUUGUAAUGUAUGUGAUUUUUUUUUAAGAAGAAAAAAAAAAACCUUAUUUAAGAUUCUGAAGGUGCUACUAUUUUUGUUGCCACAGGCUUUGAAGAAACGUUUUGAGUGGGGCCUUGUCCAUAAUCGUUCUCUCCUCCAAAUGGGGAUUUAACAAUGUUACUAGCAUUACCCCCAUAAUCUGCUGAGGAGGAAAAAAAAGGAAAAAGAAAAAAAGGAAAAAAGAAAAAAAAAAGAAAAAGAAAAAAUCCUACUAGAAACCAGAAGUAUGGAGAUUUCUGCUUCUGACCUUUGGGGAGGCGUUCUGACGUGGUCCUCCUUGCUCCUGGAGGGGUUUGGUUCCCUUUAGAAGACCCGACCUGGGAGAAGACUCCUCGGAUUUGAGGAAGAUGCCCCUCAGUGAGGGCUGAUCUGGAAGGUGAACUGUAAAUGCUGACCGUCUCUGAAGACCAAGGUUUCCCUCCCAGGAGCUCCUCUUCCGAGUGCAGCCAACCUUUCUGCUUUCUCAGAUCGCACAGCUGUGUAGAAACCCACAUCCUUUCCCCAAGCGCCUAUUUGUGUGGAGGAGGAAGAAUCAGUUAUGGGUACCUCAUCGGUCUCCGUAACAGUGACCUUCCAUGCAACCUGAAUAAGUCAGGACCCCAAUUGCAUUUCGAAGUUAUUUUAACUAUGGAAUUAUUUUUAUAGAAGGAAGAUUGAUGUCAAAGUCUGUAUUUGUGUGUUUCUAAAGUUGUGUCUUGUGAGGAAUUGGAUUUGCUUUCCAUUAUUUAAUACCUCACUUUGCCCCCCUCCCCCAGACGCUGCGUGUGUACCCCUGCCCGCCCCACCCCAGGCUAGACGUGCGUUUUGUCAUUCGGUCCUCAUCUGCGCGCUGUUUCCUGUUUCCCCUCUGUGUCUCUCUCGUCACCGGAUGUGUAUUCACUGUCGUUCUUCUGUUUCUGUCUAAGUGUCAGUGUGUCCAGACCCUCAGUGGGUUUCGUUUCUCGUGUUCCCUUCUGGACUUUAAAUAAAUAUUUAAAACUGAGCAACGGAA